CUUUGUGAUUCGGAGAUCGGAGUAGUGCCGCAGCGGCGGUGACGACGUGCGAUUAGCAACUUUUGAGCGCGCGCGGUGACGUGCGUGUGACGCGAUCGCGCCUUCGUAGUGUGGUGUACGUGUGUAGUACGCGCGAGAAGAGAACUUUGUUUUUUCAGCGUGAUACCGAGAUAACCGUGCAGUUGAAAGAGAGAAAGGAAAAGAAAAGCGGGGCUCGCAACACAGGACACAACGCGACGAUGUCCGGCAACGAUUACGGUUGUCGCAUGAACCCGCGCUAUGAAGGGAGCGAUGCCUGACACGGUGACGCGCUGCCGCCCCUUAUCUGAAAUGUGUCGCUCUUAUCGCGGUAGGCGCAAGUACAACCAAUGCCAAUGCCCAGCGCGGAUAAACGCCUCUCUUAUCGCCAACUAAACGCACUUAACUAACCGACCAUCGCUUAUUAUUACGCUACAAAUUACCGCUAUCCACUAUCUCCUGUAACCCCCGAAGAGAUCCCACGCUCACCCCUGCGCGCACCCGAAACGUAUAACGCCUAGCGUCUUCGAGUCUAGCUAUUUCCUAGCUAGAGGAGUCCCUCUCUCAAACGCUUUCGAUGUUUGACAGCUCCGGCCACGAAUGCGUGGACGCUAACGCCGCGUGAUUUGUUGUAUGCACUUCGAGACGGAGGCAGCGCGGAGGCAGCAUUCGGCGUUCAGCAUGAACAAAUCUGUGGAGAAUCUAUUGCUAUCUAGCCACGAGGUGAUCAGUAGCAUCAAUUCCACUGGUCUGGGUGGCCAGGGUACAAGUCUGGGGAACACCUCUGGCGAGAACGUACAGGAGGCGAUCAACUCGGUCGGCCCUGAACGCAAUAGUCCUGUGUCCAGUCCCAACUUGUCCCCGCGUCCCAGUCCAAGGGCAUCUCACUCCAAGCGAGAGUCCAAAUUGAGCUCCGAUUCUGCCAAGGAGUCACUCCGCGCAAGCAAGUCGGACGAUCCGCCGUCACAGGACAAUCUUGCAAACAGAUCAUCCGAUUCGGCAGAUCUCAAUAAAAGUUCUCAUGAGAAUAAAAAAGAGACACGUAGCAGCGAUCGGAGCAAAAAGAAGUCCUCCUGGUACAAUGUACUUUAUCCGACAUAUAAAUCUCGCUCCGAGGACUUUAAACGGAUAUUUAAAGAUGUGCCUGACGAUGAGAGAUUGGUGGUAGAUUAUUCUUGUGCUCUGCAGCGUGAAAUAUUGGUACACGGUAGACUUUAUGUGUCUCAAAACUAUGUGUGUUUUUAUGCUAAUAUAUUUAUGUGGGAGACGCUGGUCUCCCUCCGUUGGAAAGAUGUUACGUCUAUCACCAAAGAGAAAACUGCGCUUGUCAUUCCAAACGCUAUCCUGAUAUGCACCGUUACUGACAAGUUUUUUCUAACAUCAUUUGGAGCAAGAGAUAAAACAUAUGUGAUGUUAUUUCGUGUUUGGCAAAAUGCUCUUAUUGGCGAGCCGAUGAGUAUGGCUGAAAUGUGGCAACUUGUACAUGCUUGCUAUGGCGAUGAAUUAGGCUUGACAUCCGAUGACGAAGAUUAUGUACCGCCAUUACCUGCAGGAGAAGACGAAAAGUUGUCAACUCGCCUUUCUGUAGAAUCCUUCUCCGAGAACGAAGUAGCUACUAUGGAAAACUUAGCGCCUUCAGCUACGGAUCCUGUUUCUGGUGAGCCUGCUCAAACUACUGCUGAAGCUCAAGUUCAACCACCAGCUCCGUCAAUACUUAAGCCAGAACCAUCUGUUUUCGAUCCAACGGAUUUAAGUGACACAUCGGAAAGCGAAGCUGAGAAACAUGGCUUGAAAAUGAACAUACGGAGCACCAUGGUCUGUACUUCCCUGCAUGAAGGUCGGCAAGUUAACAAAGCAACAUUGCCUAUCUACAUCGACCAGCUGUUCACUCUACUCUUCACAAAUUCGAAAUUCUUCUUAGAUUUUCAUACCUCUCGCAAAACUACUGAUUUAAUACAAUCUGCUUGGACGCAAAACAAUCAAACUGGUCAAAAAAUGAGGACCCUUUCGUACACAAUGUCCUUAACUCAAGCUAUUGGUCCAAGAUCCUGUCAUGUUACAGAAACACAGGUGAUGUUGCCAUGCAGUAGACCAGGUCAUCUUUAUUGUAUCGAUGUGGAAAGCGUUAACGCUGGUAUACCUUAUGCCGAUUCCUUUAGCGUUUCAACGCACUAUUGCAUGAACAAUAUUUCCGAGAACGAGACAAGUCUUAUGAUUUAUUCACAAAUUAAGUAUAAAAAGAGUGUAUGGGGUUUCGUGAAAAGUGUGAUUGAAAAGAAUUGUUGGGCGGGCUUAGAAGAAUAUUCCAAUAGCUUGAUAAAAGCGUUGACACUGGAGUGCGAAGAGGGUAACGGAAGCGGAGGUUUAAAGAGAAAGACGAGAAAACGACGGCGCGCGACAGGCGUAGGCGCCACAUUGCAGACACAUGUUUCCGAGCACAUAUCUGCGAAUCACCAAAUUUCUCCCUCUAACUUGCCACAUGCUCACACUGCUAAUGCUAGAAUAGCUGACACCAAUAUAAUUCUUAGUUCAAUGCUACUAGUCGCUGUAUUGUGCUUAAUGGUGAUUAAUGGCUUAUUGUACUAUAAACUAUGGGGAUUGGAGGAAGCUGCAGCAUACACCAUUAUGGAUUUACACGUACUCAAAAAUACCCCAAAGACUGAAGAAGAUUGGAUUAAUCUUUUACAACAGCAGGAAAGCUUGCACAAUGUAGAGAUGAGGAAAUGGCAAAGGGUUUUGCACACAGCUGCACAAUUGCUUAGACAAACAGAAGAAUCUUUAACGGAACUACAAAUGAGCAUCCAUCCCACUGCAACGGAAAAGAUGUUCUCAGUAUUAAAACCGAACUUAAAAAGUCUUAAUGCACAUACAGAACGACGAAGUAAGUCGGAAAUGUAAAAAUCUGUUAUAUUUUGUGUAAUAUAUAAAUUUGAAUGUCCCGAUAAAUAUCGGUAUCCACAAAAGUAUUUAGAAUCUAUUAUUAUAUGUAUGUAUUUCUUCCUCUCUUAUUAUUUUAAGAUUCGCGAUUAUAUGUAUGUUCUCUAUGCUAUGUGUACAGAAUGAAUUAAUUAUAGGGCAUUAUGUUUAAUGUUAAAGUUAAAAACUUUAACAUUUCUUGUAUAGUUAUAUUAAAUGUAAACGCGCGCUUUCUAUUUAGGCAAUGUGAACUAAUGUUAUGAAAAAUAAUAGAUAAUUUUUAGAAUAA